UAGGAAAGAAGAGAGGAAUUGUUAAGGAAAAGGCCUUGCAUUUCUCAUGAACUGUGGAGUCGUGUUGGGUUUCUAUUGUUGGGGUUGGGAGUUCUUAACUGCCCUUCUUCUCUUCUCCUCUUUUCCUUGAUUAAUCUCUUCUUCUUCUUCUUCUUCUUCUUCUUCCAAAUAUAGUAUAUUUCAGUUUCCAAACUUGGUAAUUAAUGGAGUCUAUGGCCGCAAGUGAUCAAAAUAAUAAUAAGGGUUUGUUAGAAUAUGUUAGGAAAUCAACACCACCACCAUUUUUGUUGAAGACAUACAAGCUGGUGGAGGAUCCGGCCACCGACCAUAUUAUAUCCUGGAACGCCGACGGGACAGGGUUCGUGGUGUGGCAGCCGGCGGAGUUUGCUCAAGAUCUCCUCCCAACACUUUUCAAGCACAGCAACUUCUCUAGCUUUGUCCGCCAGCUUAAUACUUACGGAUUUCGGAAAGUUGCAACUAGCCGAUGGGAAUUUUGCACCGACAUGUUUAGGAAGGGCGAAAGAGAGCUACUUUGCAAUAUCCGAAGAAGAAAAGCAUGGUCAAAUAAUAAGCAACAAACAGCUGCAUCAAUAAUUCAAGGGUCACCUCAGGAGUCUGAUCAUGAAGAUCAGAGAUCUUCGUCAACUUCUUCAUCUUCAGGAUACAACAACCUAGUCGAUGAAAACAAGCGUCUGAGGAAGGAAAACGGGAUCCUACGCUUGGAGCUGACGAGCAUGAAGAGAAAAUGUAAGGAGCUUCUUGAGUUGGUGACCAAGUAUGCACAGUUUGAGAGGGAAAAAGAAGAGCACGAGAGUCCGAAGCUGUUCGGAGUGAGGUUGGAAGCUGAAGGAGAGAGGGAGAGGAAAAGAAGGCGAGCUGAGAUCAUCAGUGAAAGCGCAAGCAUUUUACUGUCUCAAUCUUGCAAAUAAUGAUCAUAAAAGAAAUCCAAAACUUAGCUGAAUUAGUUUGUGUAGUUAGCAUUUAUCAGGCCUUGGAUUCGAAUAUAAGUACUUGCAAUCUUUUCCCUUAUCUUUGAACUAUGACUUUUUUUGUAUAAAAAAAAUCUGAUCAGGAGGAUAUAUACGAAAUCGUAGCAAAAAUUAAUAAAUAUAGAUUACGAUUGCAUGCAUGUAGUCAUGAUAAACUUUGCAUGU